AAAAAAAAAAAUCAAUUUACUAUCAGUAUCAUGAAGCUGCGCAGGCAAGUGAGACGAUGGAAACGUGGUGGUCAUCAUCGUCAGUCCAAUAAGACUUGAAAUACAAUUUUAAAAAUUGAUGCAAAAAAACAAAAUAAAUAAAUAAAAUAAAAGGAAAAAAUUAAAGAAAAAAAUACACAAUGAACGAAAGUGAGAUAUUUUUACUCGGUUGGGAUGAGUCAUCCAUACUGGCUCGUGAUUUAAAUCGUACAUUUUAUAAUUCAACAUAUAAUAAAAAUGUAACAAUUGAUGAUCUUUGGGAUUUAGCAAGUGAUCGUGUUGGAUUGGCAAUAAUAUUAAUACUAUGUUCAGUUGCAACAGUAUUUGGAAAUUCAUUAGUUAUACUUGCUGUAUUUCGUGAACGUUAUCUUCAUACAGCAACAAAUUAUUUUGUAACAUCAUUAGCAUUUGCCGAUUGCCUUGUUGGUCUUGUUGUAAUGCCAUUCAGUGCCAUAUAUGAAGUACUUGAAAAUCGUUGGUUAUUUAGUACUGAUUGGUGUGAUAUAUGGCGUUCAUUAGAUGUAUUAUUUUCAACAGCAUCAAUAUUAAAUUUAUGUGUUAUUAGUUUAGAUAGAUAUUGGGCAAUAACUGAUCCAUUUACUUAUCCAACACGUAUGAGUAGAAAACGUGCUGCAUUACUUAUUGCAAUUGUAUGGAUAUGUUCAAGUGCAAUAUCAUUUCCAGCAAUAGCAUGGUGGCGUGCUGUUAGAACAGAAGCUGUACCAAAAGAUAAAUGUCCAUUUACAGAACAUCUUGGUUAUCUUAUAUUUUCAUCAACAAUUAGUUUUUAUUUACCAUUAUUUGUUAUGGUUUUUACAUAUUAUAGAAUAUAUAGAGCAGCUGUUAUACAAACAAGAAGUUUAAAACUUGGUACAAAACAAGUUAUGAUGGCAUCUGGUGAAUUGGAAUUAACACUUAGAAUACAUAGAGGUGGUGCAACACAUACUGAUCCAAGAAAUUUAUUUAGAACAGCAUCAAGUACACCAGAAGAUUUACAAGAAUUAGAUGAAUCAAUAACAUUACAUAAUAAUAAUAAUAAUAAUAAUGGAUUAACACGUAUACCAUCAAAUAGAAUUAAUCAUAAACAUCAUCUUGGUAAAAAUUUUUCAUUAUCAAGAAAAUUAGCUAAAUUUGCUAAAGAAAAAAAAGCAGCUAAAACACUUGGUAUUGUUAUGGGUGUAUUUAUAAUAUGUUGGUUACCAUUUUUUGUUGUUAAUUUAUGGUCUGGUUUCUGCUCAAAAUGUAUAUGGCAAGAAGAAAUUGUUUCGGCUGCUGUUACGUGGCUUGGAUGGAUAAACAGUGGUAUGAAUCCAGUCAUUUAUGCAUGUUGGAGUCGAGACUUUAGAAGAGCAUUUGUGAGAAUUUUAUGCGUAUGCUGUCCAAGAAGAAUGAGAAGAAAAUAUAAGCCUGCAUUUAGAUGCAAGCCUAGUCAGACAAAUAAAAUAAGACGCAAGCAGUCAAAAAAGUAUUUGUACGUGAGUGGAAUGGGAACAGGAGGACAAACCAGUAGUGUCAGUUAUAGCAGUGUAAGCCAAAGUAGCGAGGGUGGUUUAUAUAAUAGUAGCAGUAUAACGACAAGUACACCAACUGGUGGUGGUACUGGUAUGUGACGUCAAACAGGGCCCAAAACAGGGCCAAGAAGAGAACGUGCAAUACGUUUUCGUGAUUCGUGAUUAGAGGAUAAGGUAGCUAGUAAUAUAGCUACCGAAUGUUCAAGUGAAUUAAUUGAAGUACUUGAUGAUAUAUCACUUGAUCCAAAUCUCAUUGUGCCAGAUGAUGAUGAACUGGCUGCACAAUUUGAAAAAUGGAAACGUCGAAUUGACAUAACAAUUCCUGAAGAAGAAGAGGAAGAAGAAGAAGAAGAAGAAAUUGAAGAUGACGAUGAC